AAAGCUUUUACUCAGUCUGUCCUGAAGUAUUAAGUCGUCAUAUUGCAAAACGUUGUAAAAAUAAAAUCGUAUUGGAUCCUUUUUGCGGAGCAGGUGGCAAUAUAAUCCAACUAGCUAUGACAUGCAAAAAAGUUAUUGCAGUUGAUAUCGAUCCGAUUAAGAUAGAAUUAGCACGCCAUAACGCUGAGGUUUAUGGCGUUGCUGAUAAAAUCGAAUUUAUAGUUGGUGACUUGUUUGAAAUUUACCCAACGUUAAAAGCUGAUGUUGUUUUCAUGUCGCCACCAUGGGGAGGUCCAGAGUAUUCGAAAAAUAAAUAUUAUAGCAUUGAGUCCAUGUGUUCGGAUAAGCUUGGAGGAGGUUUUAGUAUUUUUGACAUUGUCAAAACUAUAGCACCCAACAUUGCAUUUCAUAUGCCAAAAAAUACUAAUAUAUUUGAAUGUAUGUGGUUGGGAAGUGGCUUUGGAAAAGUUGAAAUUCAACAGAAUAUUAUUAAUGGUAAGUUGAAUUCACUUACUGCAUUUUAUGGUAACUUCUACUGGAGCACGUUGGGCACCCCGUAUAAGAAAGCAUUUCUGCGCUCGCAGCAGACGGCAGUUACGGGAAAACAACAACGCCCGAUUGUAUCAGUUUUAGAAAUUGGCGAUGAUGCUGGCAGUGAUGAUGGUGCAGGAGUUGGUGAAAUGAUGGAUGGAAAUUGA